AUGGGUGUCAACUGCGAUGACUAUGCCAAGCUGGUCUUGGAAGACCUUCCCGAUGUCGGUGCCCAUAUGGGCGUUGGCACAGCCUACUGCGGCAUUCCUAGUCUCGCCGUACACCAUGCCCGACAGGCUAUCCGCGCUGGUGAGACCGAUCUGGCCAUUGCAGGUGGUGUCAACGCGCUCCUGGGACCCGGGUUGACCCGUGUGUUGGACGAAGCGGGAGCAAUCUCCGCGGACGGAAAGUGUCGUUCCUUCGACGACUCGGCUAGCGGGUACGGCCGAGGCGAAGGAGCAGGUGUGAUGUUGGCCGUACUGAAGGGCAGCGCGGUGGCCUCAGAUGGCAAAACGUUUGGAAUCAUGGCACCCAACGCGCAGGCACAGCUUCUCGUUGCGCAAAAGGCGCUCAAAGAGGCCAAGAUGACGUCUGACUCCAUUAGUUAUAUUGAAGCCCAUGCUACUUCUACAUCACUAGGCGAUCCCACAGAAACGAGCACCCUGGCUGAGGUAUACGGUGUAGGAUCCGGACGGCACCCACCCGACCCGUGUUAUAUCGGUUCCAUCAAGCCGAACAUUGGCCGUUUGGAGGCCGGUGCUGGUGUCAUAGGUCUCAUCAAGGCCGUGCUUGUGCUCCGCCAUGGUCGAGUGCUCCCACAGGUUAAUCUACAGAUGUUCAACAGUAGAAUUAGAUGGAAGGAGAGCUUACUACGCCCGGCUCGCGAGCUGGUGACACUGUCCAAUGGCGGCCCAUCACGACCGUUGCGGGCGGCUAUAGCAUCUUACGGAUACAGCGGCACGGUAUCUCAUGCGAUUAUCGAGGCCUUUGAAGAACGAUCCUUGUUUGCCGAGCGUCUGGGCCAGAUCCCGGACAGUGAUGCUGCGCCAGUUCUCCUUCUCUUGUCCGUGCCGCAAGCGAACCGUAUCUCCACAACGGCUGGGGGUCUAAGCCAGUGGUUGCGCGGCAAUGAUGGAGCGCUAUCCCUGGCGACAGUCGCGUCCACGCUGUCGCAGCGCCGCGCGCAUCAUCGCUUCCGCCAUGCCAUCGUCGCUGAUUCUGUCGCAAACGCCAUCGCUGCCCUCGAUGAUCUCACCAAGGGUGUGCCAAAUCGAUGGGUAAUCAACGACAGAAUUGGAACCGAGGCAGCUAAGGGCACUGUCUGGGUGUUCUCGGGCUGUGGUGCGCAGUGGCCAGACAUGGGUCGCGAAUUAUUCCACUCUAGCCCGGUCUUCGGGGAAGCCGUGCGCAACCUGGAGCCGAUUAUUCAAGCCGAGUUAGGGUUCUCCGAGAUUGAAACCCUGCACGCUGGCUGUCCAGAUCGCACUGAUGUUAUCCAGGCGAUGACAUUCCUUAUGCACCUGGGCAUUGCAGCCGUGCUCGAGGCGGAGUCCGGUCCUCCUACCGCUGUCGUGGGCCAUUCUCUGGGCGAGGCCGCCGCGGCAGUCAUCUCCGGGGCACUGACCUGGCAUGAAGCAGCCCUGGUAGUAUGUCGGCGAGCGCGUCUCUACCGAGAGUUGAUAGGACAAGGUGCCAUGGCCCUGGUUCGGCUGCCGUCAUCUGAGGUCCGUGCUCGUAUCGCCACGCACCCCGGCGCGUUCAUCGCCAUCGAGGCGUCACCGACCACAUGCGUGGUGUCUGGCACUGUUGACGCGGUCCACAAGGUAUCCGAACAAUGGCGUGAAGAAGGCAUCGAGGUGCGUGCCGUCGCCACGGACGUGCCCUUCCAUACACCACUGCUGGAAAAGCCGGCAGCUCCCCUCCGCGACGCGUUGAAGGGCGAGCUCCACCCUCAGGUACCGCAUCGAGCGCUCUAUUCGACUUCGCUGCUGGAUCCACGCUCGGAGGCACCUCGCGAUGUGCAAUACUGGGUGAUAAAUAUGGUCCUACCGGUCUUACUGCAGUCGACAGUGGCGUCGCUCGUGGACGAUGGAUUCCGCGCAUUUGUGGAGGUAGCGAGUCAUCCCAUCAUAACGCACUCGAUCGCCGAGACUAUCAGCGAGCAAACGACGGACCGAUUUAUCGCGAUACCCACAAUGAUGCGUAAGCAGCAGGCACGAAGGAGCAUCUUGGCCGCCGUGGGCCGCUUGCAUUGCUUCGGCUGCGCUGUGAAAUCUACAGAUCUUGACCCGACUGCGCCAUGGAGUUCAUCAGUGCCAGGUACAACUUGGCAUCACCAGCCAUUCUAUCGCGCAGUGAGCAGGAUGACAGAUGCACAGCUGGCUCCAACCCACAAGCCAACCGCCAAUAACUUGCUGGGGACUCGCACCGCGCUGUGGGGAACGGACGAGGUACUUUAUCAAACCCGCCUCGAGGAAGACAAUCGGCCUUUCCCCGGCCGUCACCCACUCCAUGGGUCAGAGAUUAUCCCUGCCGCUGUGCUCUUGAACACAUUCCUGCGUGCACUCUCUCCCAGGAGCGUGGAGGAAGUGUCGCUUCAGGUGCCUGUAGUAGUGUCUCCGGCCCGCAAGAUCCAGAUCCGGCAUAACACGCGUAACAUCACUAUUAAAUCUCGUCUGUCAACAAGCAAUGAAGAUGGCUCCGGAGAUCGGGAAAAGAUUGCCGCAGAAACUGUUGAACAGCUUUUCGAUUACUUGACCUCUGUAGGCGUUUCUGCAAUGGGAUUCCCAUGGAGGGUGGCUCACCACGUGGCCAGCGAAAACGAGAUGCUGGCCAAGGUAGACGCCAAUCCGGACAGCCUGGCUGGUAUGGAUGAUCUUUUGACAUCCGUCAUGGAUGCAGCAACCUCCAUCGCGUCUUCCCUCUGGCACCGUGAGCCUCGACUCCGCAUACCCACAGCUGUCCGUCGCGUCGUCGCCGUUGACAUGACCACCCAACAGAUCGUGUACAUCCACUGCGCGAAGGCACAAUCCUCCGUCGACGAAGCUGACGUGAUCAUCAGUAGCGAGGAUGGCACCGUGCUGAUGGAAUUCCAGGGUAUGGCCUUCGCGGGUGUGGAGGGCGAGUCGCUAUCGCGAAAAAAUACCUCUGGCCUGGUGCACCAAAUCAGCUGGCCGCCUGCCACGCUGGUUGAGGAGCCGCUGGAAUUCUCCCACAUAGCCUUCCUGGUGCGAGAUGCCACCAAGACCCACGUGGAAAGCUACCAGGGACAGCUUGAGAGCAGAUGUAUCUCCACCUCUGUCCAUCAGCAUGCCUCCGACUUACCCUUGACAACUCAUUCGUCUCUGGCGGUCGUCUACCUCCCUCAAGUCACCGAUCAAAUCUUCGAGACCGCAACCCUUAGCUACAAUGGCCUCGUAUCAGCAGCGCAGAUUAUUUUAUCCUCCUCAAAUAAACCCACCGUGCGCCUCUUCGCCCUCACAUGCGAAACAAAUCUGGGUCACAGCGCCCUCACUGGCCUCGGUCGGAUUCUACACACCGAACAUCCCGAGAUCUAG